AUGGAAACGGUCAUUACGGAUGAUGCAGGAGAUCCCCCAACAACUGCUGCAAAAGAAGUUUCUUAUAAGGAACACUUCCGCAUAUGGUUCCAUGAUGUGAUGGUUGAAUUGACACCACCAUCUGCAGAAGAAUUGUACAAUGGGCCUGAUCUGCCGUGGAAUCAAAUUUGGAAAAAAUUUGGAGUGGAAUUCUUCGUUAUUGUCGGCCUAGUGAUCGUCUCAGCAUCUUUUAUUUUUGCUGAAGGUGUGAAAUAUCUUCAAACAUUCCUUGUUGUCUACGUAGUCUACAUACUUUUCAACAUUGUACAUGGGCUCUACGUUAUUGCCGUGACUCAAUUUGAUUUGGACAUUUAUAGAUUCAAGGACUAUGGAUUACACCAAUUGAGCGUUAUCUCCUACUGAAUUGGUACAGAAUCAUUUUAACCCUUCACAUAUCUGCAACUGUCUACGGAUUGUUUUUUUCUGUUAAACAAGUACCAACGGCUACAUCUUUCGUUAGCAUUGUGGCAAUUCAACUAAGGUGCAGCUUUAUUAAAAAGUGUUUGUGGGUCACCGAAUUUGAUCGAGGAGAAGAAGCAAAAGAAGCGGAAGUCAACUGUUGCGGUGGUUAUAGAGAAGGAGAAGGAAAAGGAGGAAGAUGCUGCAAAGUCUCCGAUGAGAAAACCGUCUGA